GGCGCGGCCAUUCCGCGCAGGCGCCGCCCUCCCUCCCGCUGCCGCAGCGCCGAGCCGGGAGAAGAUGGAGAUCGUCAACCAGAUCGUCGCCAGCGGCUCCUUCCGAGUCGCCAAAGAACCCCUGGGCUUCAUCAAGAUCUUGCAGUGGAUCUUCGCCAUCUUUGCGUUUGCGACCUGCAGCACGUACUCCGGAGAGUUCCGGAUCAGCGUGGAGUGUGCAAAUCGUAGCGAGAGCAACCUCAACAUCAGGGUGCAGUUUGAGUACCCCUUCAGGCUGCACCAGGUGUACUUCAGCGCUCCGAGCUGCCAGGGGAACCGGCCCGAGCAGUACUUCCUCACGGGCGACUUCUCGUCCGCCGCCGAGUUCUUCGUCACCAUCGCCGUCUUUGCCUUCCUGUACUCGGCCGGAGCCCUCCUCACCUACAUCUUCCUUCAGAACAAAUACCGGCAGGGAAACCGCGGGCCCCUCAUCGACUUUGCCGCGACCUCGGUGUUCACCUUCAUGUGGCUGGUGAGCUCGAGCGCCUGGGCCAAGGCGCUGUCCGACGUGAAGACGGCCACAGACCCCGAGGACGUCCUGGAGCUGGUGCAGGCUUGCGAGAACAAGGAGAACAGCUGCCGGGCUCUCCACGACCCCGUCAUGUCCGGCCUCAAUACCUCCGUGAUUUUUGGUUUCCUGAACCUGAUUCUGUGGGGUGGGAAUAUCUGGUUCAUCUUCAAGGAGACGGGCUGGUCGGCGCCCUUCGUCAAGCAGGCCCCUCCAGCCGACCAGAAGCCCCCCGCGGACAGCCGCGAUGUCUACGGGCAGCCCCAGCCCUACAGCCAGGAGGCGCCCCGCUACGAGCAGGAGGGGUACCAGCCCAACUACGGACAGCAGGGCUACCCGGCGCAGCCGGCAAGCGACUACGGGCAGCCAGCCCCCACCUCCUUCUCCAAUCAGAUGUGAAGACCCCCCCCCCCAUUCCAGCCCUGGGUUGUGGCUCCCCGCUAGAAACUUAAAAGCACUCCCUCUGUCCUCGCACUCCCUUCAUCCCUACCCGCGCAUCCUCUGCUCCCCCCCAGGAGGGAUGCAGGCGGGUAUGAGGACUAUGGGCACCCCCUUCUCCAAUCAGAUGUGAGGCCCCCGCCCUGGGAUGUUGCUCCCCCUAGAGAGUUAAACGCAUUCGCUCUGUCUCCACACACCGUCCGGAUCCCUCCUCCCUUCCCGCACUCACUCAGUCCGGCCCCUCCACGCCCCGCUCUUCUUCCACCGCCCCCCCACACCCCAGAGUCACAGAGCCACCCUGAGGUGCAGUGGACUAUUCGACUGCCAGAGGCGUCCGCUUUUGCCGAUGGAGGGAGGGGUGAAGGUGCCACCUCUCCUACACCAACCCACCCAAAGAGCAAGGGGUCACCCGGGAAUAUCUCCACUCCUUGGCUCCUGACCUCUCUGGUCCCCUUCAUCUCUCUCCUACUGCCUUUAAUCUCUGCCCCCUCCUAAUUUCCCUCUUGUACCCCCCCACCACCGAUUCUCGUUCUAAUUUUGACUCGUGCUCCCUCCCAGUUAUUCCUGUUCUGGAUUCAGCCUGAUGAUUGGCCCCUCAUUUUGACCCUAUGUUACACCACCCCCCAAUGAAGUUUGUCCCCGAUACUUCCCAGACUUGCACAACCCAUGAAUGUCCACCCCAUCUCACCCGUUCUGGAGACCUCCAGUCUUAUUCGAACUCUUCCCAACAAGUUUAAACUCACCGCUGUGUGAUCCCCGAUUUUUACCCCACUAACUUCCUCCACUGUACUUCCCCACAAGUUCCUCCCGCCAGUCUGGCCCCAGUGCCUCCCCCCACCCCACUUGUCCACUCCAGAUUUUACCCUCAGCCUGUCUGCCCCACAUAUCCGUCCCUCCCUUUCCACCUCCAAAUUCCCUCCCUGCCCCAAAUCACUCCCACCUCUCCUUCACAAUUUAACGCCCCCACCUUUUCACCCUGUCUUCCCCUCCCCAAUCUCCAACCCUGUCCAAAUUAAUUUGAGACCCUGCAUCUGCCCCCUCGAGUUUUAUCCACAAAUCUUGAUCUGCUUUGUGCCCCGUCCCCCAUGAACUUGACCCGUUUUGUGACGGCACCUCAUUUUCUUCCAUCCCAUCACGCAUGUGAACUCUGUCCCACCCUCCCUCUCAGCUCCAGUUGUCCUUCACGUGUCCUGAGGUCAAAAUAAUUCAAAAUAGAAGGGAUUAAAGACUUGGCCACUGGGAGUGUGCGAUGGGACAGUGAGGAUGGAGUUUCACUCUGUGUCUGACCCCGGGAGUGUGUGAUGGGACCGUGUAGAGGGAGCUGCAGUCUGUGUCUAACCCUGGGAGUGUGUGAUGGGACGGUGUGGGGGGAGCUUCACUCUGUGUCUGACCCCAGGAGUGUGUGAUGGGAUGGUGUGGAGGGAGUGUCGCUCUGUGUCUGACCCUGGGAGUGUGUGAUGGGACGGUGAGGAGGAGUUUCACUGUGUGUCUGACCCCGAGAGUGUGUGAUGGGAUGGUGUGGAGGGAGUGUCACUCUGUGUCUGACCCUGGGAGUGUGUGAUGGGACAGUGUGGAGGGAACUUCACUCUGUGUCUGACCCUGGGAGUGUGUGAUGGGACGGUGUGGAGGGAGCUUCAUUCUGUGUCUGGCCCCGUGAGAGUGUGAUGGGACAGUGUGGAGGGAGCUUCACUCUGAGUCUGACCCCAGGACAGUGAUGAUAUCCCUCCUUACCUUCCUGCCUCCGAUUGGACACAGUAAAGCACCUAUUCUUAUCCUGUUUGUGUUAAAUGUGUGAGCCUGCCAGUUUGGUGGUUGUGUUUACAAAUCAUUCCCUGCUAUAACAAGGGAUGUGGGAAACCCAGCUGAAGUGUACAGUGGGAUUUGAUUUCAUUUGUGUUCAUGCCCCUCUCUCCCUCCUUCCAAAUUUUGGACUGUCAAGCCUUGACCUUGGGACUUUUGUCUUAUUCCGUGCUGCUCACCCAACCUGCUAAUCCACCUCACCCAUCCUUUCCCUGCGGAACCCUCUCCUCUGUCAGAGCAAGCCCCAGGAAUAAGGCCAUCGGCACCUUUAUCCCAGACCCUCGCUGGCCCUGCCUGUCCCCCCACGGGCUCCCUCGCUGGCCCUGUCUCACCCCUUCGUGCUCCCUCGCUGGGUCCUCUCCCCCCCGGGCUCCCUCGCUGGCCCCGUCUCACCCCCUCGUGCUCCCUCGCUGGGUCCUCUCAGGGGCCCCGUCUGCCCUUUUCACCAGCACCAUCUCCCUGAAGACAGGCAGAGGAUACAUCCCCCAAACCAGAGUCCCACCCCCACCCACACCCGCACUGCCACUCGACUGCUGCUAGCCCCUCUGCUUUAAAAAUAAAACACUUUACCCUGAGCCAGUUCCCUUUAACAAACUCUCAGCAUCGGAAGUCGAGCAUAAACAAUUGGGGAAAAACUUAGUCUCUCUGUGUAUACAUAGGUAUAAAUAUCUAAAAACAGCAGAGUCCCGGGGGUUAUCGUGUGUUUUCUGAAAUGUGUUUGUGUAUUUAAACAGUUGUAUUUGUGUGAUUGUCCGAAUAGUAUUUAUUCCAUAGUUUAAGAUAAUAUAUAUUGUAAAAUCGACAUUGAAUUGAAAUAAAAAUGGGGUUAUAUUCAGAUUGAUGCAUGAAGUUCC